GUCGAGGUCGUGAUGGCGGACCUUCCGGAUAUAUCUUAUCUCACCCCCGAGGAGAGGCGAAUCAUCGAGGAUGUCAUGCUGCGACAGAAGCAGGAAGAAGAGCAUCAGAAUGAGAUCAUGAGGCGGAAGCAGGACGAGGUGCAGGUUCUGGAAGAAACAAUUCGAGCGCGUUCCGAAAAACACAAGAAGGCCGGGAUAGAAUUGGAUGCAACAUGUCAUAUAUGCUUAAAAACCAAGUUUGCCGAUGGUGUCGGCCACAUCUGCAAUUACUGCAGCAUCCGGUGUUGCGCACGCUGCGGUGGAAAGGUCUCUCUACGGUCGAACAAGGUGAUAUGGGUCUGCAUACUUUGCCGAAAGAAGCAAGAACUACUGUCGAAGACUGGACAAUGGAUGACGAAGACGAACCUUGGCCCGGCGGACAACGCGAUGCUGCGGAGAAUGCAGGAAGACAUGCAAGGUGGAAUUUCCCCAGGGCAUCCGGAACUAACUCAGGAUAAAAGACCAAAGUUGGAAAGGGCUCACAGUGCUGCAGAAAAGGAAAAUUUACCUUUAGUUCAGCGAAGUGGAAGUGUUCUCAGAAAGCAGUAUUCGCAACAAGAACCGGUGACGGGUAGACGCAUGUCAACAAGUGACAGUGGGGUGGAAAUGUCCGUUUCGCCUCAUGCACGGAGUUUACCGACUCCACACGUAGUCAGUUCUUAUCAAACACAGCAGACACCAAGGCAUCCCGCAGCUUUUCCAGAGGAUGAUCCAAAUCUUUACCGGGGCGAACUUGAUGGUCUGAUGAGGGAAUACCAAAGACAACAGAGCAUCUAUCAAAUGGAACAGAAUACGGACGUAGGAAUGGCCUACGGUCACCCAAUUGAACAAAGCCCUCGACCUCCGAUUCAUCCAUCUAAGCAACAUUCAGUUCAUCAGACGCAAAGUGCACACCCCUCUCAACCAUGUCCGCCAUCAGCUGGUGUUCAAGGUUCUCUGCAGCAACAAAGAAGCUUCAGCAGUAGCGAGGAGGAAAGAAGUACCCCCGAGUGUGCCAGCGAUGAGCCCGACGACUCAGAGAAGGGAAAGGGAUACUACGAUCACAUGAUAAAUCCAACGUCGAUGACCAGUGCAUCGUUUAGGCAUGGUUCUCAUAAUGGACAUCACAACACGGGUCCAAUGACCAUUGAGUAUAACGGUCAUCAUCCUCCGCGAGAACCGCGGAAAGAGGAGAGUACCCUCGUCAGAAGAAGCUUCCGAAGAAGCGGAGACGAGUGGCGCGCCGAUAGUAGGAGGUUCACUGAACGGAGGGGGAAAAAGACAGUGAGAUUUCAUGGAGGGACCAAUGUUGAUGACACUCAGGAAGAAUGGUCGUGGGAGGCCGAUCGGCAAGGUAGUCAAGACAGCGCUACCAAAGACUCCGGGAUAGACACCUCUAGUACCUUCACGAGCAGUGAAGACAGCAACAGGGGCGACCUGCCCAAGCAUUCCCUGUCGUGGCAAGUAAGCAAUGAUGGCCAAAAGAUGAUCGGUCACAUGAUUCUGCGGAAGUCCUCAGGCGCUGGAAGUAGUAGUAGUAUACUGGGACUGAAGGUAGUCGGAGGAAAGCUUCUAGAAGAUGGUUCUAUGGGUGCUUUAAUUGAGAAAGUGAAGAAGGGAAGUACUGCUGAUGUGGAAGGACAACUAAGACCUGGUGACGAAGUUAUCGAGUGGAAUGGAAGGUGCCUACAGGGCAAGAGCUUUCAGGAAGUUUACGAUAUUAUAGCUGCAUCGAGGCAGGAGCCUCAGGUAGAACUGGUAGUUUCGAGGAACCUAUCUUCGUCAACGACUAUACCCGGGGAGUCAACGAUUGCUUCAACGACCACCCCUUUAGCCUCCAGGCGGGCCGCUGCUCAGUCUCAGUGGAGGCAGAAACACGAAUCCAUAGGCGGUACUCAGCAAUCUCAUCAUAAAGACUUAUACGACACGAGGCGAGAGAAGCCUUCGGUUUUAGUUACGUCACCGGGUUCACCGGAUGUUCACACGCAAGGAAGAGGAAGGCAUAUACGCCAAACUACGGGGAACGUCAACUUCGGAGGUCGAAUCCAGGUGAAGUUGAACUUCGAUCCUGUGGCGCUUCAGCUGAUAGUGACUCUUGUUUGCGCUACUGGCCUCCCCCCUCGAAGCAGCGGCCAAGCAAGGAGUCCUUAUGCAAAAAUAUUUUUACUUCCUGACAGAAGCGAAAAUUCCAAAAAGCGAACGAAACCUUUGGCCAAUACGAAUGACCCAAGGUGGGACCAAACCUUCAUCUACAAUGGAAUCAGGUGGUCGGAGUUAAGGCAGAGAGCACUAGAAAUUACUAUCUGGGACUAUGGUAGAUAUGGUGCCAACGACUUCAUUGGAGAAGCCAUCAUAGCGCUAGCCUCUUCUUCUCUUAGCGAUGAGUUGGAAUGGCAUUAUUUAACUGCCCACGAAGAGCAUCGCCAUUCAAGUCACUUUCAUGAUCUCGUCGACGAUGUGACGACGCCAGGCGAUUGCCAUCUUAGUCCACCGUCAACGACCUCGAGACUUAGUGAUUCAGAUACUUCAGAGUGCGAUAUCACCGAUUGCGAUGGUUCCAGGGAACAAAGAAGGACAGCUGACGGUGCCAGCAUAAGUAGUAUCGGCAGCUCUUCUAGCCACUAUUCUAGCCCACCGCCGGAAAAAGAGCUCUGUGUGGAUGGUGAACAUCGGAGCCGGAGGGAUAUGUCACCGCAGGGUCGCAAACGAGCAGCGAUUAUGAGCUCCAGGGACCAUUCCACUUCCAUUUCCGGUUAUCAACAGUUCCGUAAGGAGGAUCCGCAUCGUACCAUGUUAAGUCACAGAUCCCAUAGCGCAGCACCAAUGGAUUCUCCGAGUAGUCGUUAUCGAGGAAGGUCGCAAAGUCCCACUGGCCAUCGGUCUCUUUCACCUCCUGAUCACAGAUCUGUCCCUUAUUCGCAUGGAUACAUACCAGCGAGAUUUACGUCAAGAUCAGCAACGGCGACUCCAACUGGAUCUCCGAAAAAGCGUUAUUUGCCUCAAAUUCCUCCAAAUCUGCAAGCAGCUUUGAAAGACAGAGGGGCAGGAGAUUUUGGAGAUAGAACAAGAUUUAUUAAACACCGUACUAGGCAGGUGCACACAUAUCGAAGUACUGGUAUGGGAGGUUGGGAGAGGCACUUUAGUGGCCUCUCAGAUUCAGAUCUUCCUUCCAUGGGUCAUGAUCCACAUUCAUUGUCACAUAGUCACCUUCACAGAAUGCACAGAUCUCGAAGAGGUCACCUAAGUCCAGACAAGGACGUUUUGGGAGAUCUUGGCGACUCUGAUAUGGAGAGUAUAGCCUCUGUAACAAGCAGUGCCUUUAGCACACAAUCAGAGCGACCACGUGGUUCCAGAGGAUUGAUCAGUGACUAUGCCAGCCAGAGCGGGUCCUACGAGAAGACGUCCAGGCACCAGGCACCCGAGAACGAGCACAAUGGCCACAGCAAAAGGGGCCAGUUUACACGCAGCUUUAGCAAUACGGAAACGCCACCUAACGACAAAGUUGAUGGCAGUCUGAGUGAUACAGCUGUAGGACUCCACGUCGAAGAAUCGUCCAGAAGAGGUCGAAAGAAUUCACCAGGGAGCAAAAGCGGUAGUGGAAGUAGCAGCGGUGGUGGCAGUGCUGUACAAUAUCAGAGUGGUUUAGGAAAGAAGAGCAACAGCACGAGUCAGUUGUCUGCGACAGAGUGUGGUGUCGUCGUGGGUGCCAGCAUGGACACACGAGGUUCCGGUAUAAUGAUCCGGAAACGAAACAGCACACCAAGCAGCAUCCAGCGCUCCCAGGAGGUGGUGCCAAACUAUCAGCGUCUUGGUGCAGGAAAGCAGCUAGGAUCGGUGGCCAGUGAUACAGCUGGAAGUCUGAACUCUAUCUCGAGUUCUGAAGGAAGCUCUUGGUCUCCCAGUUUGCGUAUGGCAGGCGAAGGUGGGCACCUAAGUGACUUUAUAGAAGGAAUCGGCCCUGGACAACUUGUGGGACGCCAGGUUCUCGGUGCACCGUCGCUGGGGGAAAUUCAACUUUCGCUAAGUUACACCAAAGGCUACUUAGAAGUUGAAGUUAUUCGAGCUCGAUACCUGCAAGCUAAACCAGGCAGCAAAGUUGUUCCAGCACCUUACGUGAAAGUAUACCUUGUCAACGGAAAAAAGUGUAUAGCAAAAGCCAAAACUACUACAGUACGGAAAACAUUGGACCCUUUGUACCAACAGCAACUACAGUUUAGGGAAAACUUUCAAGGCUGCAUAUUACAAGUGACUGUCUGGGGAGAUUAUGGCCGAUUGGAAGGACGAAAAGUGUUCAUGGGCGUUGCACAGAUCAUGCUGGACGAUCUGAACCUCAAUGAUAUGGUGAUCGGGUGGUACAAGCUGUUCGGGACUACAUCCCUGUGAAAUGAAGGCAAUCAUAAGUGAGCGCACUGCCGUCAUGGACUCAAGUGUGAUGUGUUAGGAAAAAAAAA